UUAAAUAAAUACAAAAAAAAUUUCGCCGAAAAUAUCAACACUAAAACACAAGAGAGGAGGGAUCUCUCCCCCUCGUGUUCCAUGUACACACCAACCCUAAUUUUCUCCCUUAAUUGCCCCUCUUUUUGAUCUUAUUCUCUCAAAUCUAUGCUGGAUUCCUCUCAAUCUAUCUUAAAUUCAUUCAUUUAGGUAGAAAUAUUUGCGAUUCCAUCUUUUCUGUAUCUUCUUCUCUGAAAUUUCUGGAACCGCUAUAUAUAUAGAUACAUAUAUGUACAGGGACCGCGGUGGCCCGUCGUCGAGGUCGGAGAUGGUGGGAGGAGGUGGAGCGGGGCCGUUAGAUCGGAAAAGAAUCAAUGAUGCCUUGGAUAAGCACUUAGAGAAGACAUCGCCUUCAACUUCUAGGGUUUUGAAUAUCAGCAACAAGGAGAAAGAGAAAUUCUCCAUGCCUUCAACUUCCACAGCUGGUGGUGGAAAAUCGUUCCACCUGGACAACCGUUCCUCCUCCACCAUCGCCAACACCAAAAGCAAGUGCUCAGAUGAAGAAUCAGAAACAGACAGCGAGGAGUCUGAAGUUAGUGGUUCAGAUGAAGAUGACACAUCUUGGAUUUCCUGGUUUUGCAACUUGAGAGGAAAUGAAUUCUUCUGCGAAGUUGAUGAUGAAUACAUUCAAGAUGAUUUCAAUCUUUGUGGAUUAAGCAGUCAAGUUCCUUACUUUGAUUACGCCCUUGAUCUAAUUCUAGAUGUGGAAUCCUCUCAUGGAGACAUGUUCACUGAAGAACAGAAUGAACUUGUUGAAUCAGCAGCAGAGAUGUUGUAUGGUUUAAUACAUGUCCGAUAUAUAUUAACAACCAAAGGAAUGUCUGCAAUGUUGGAGAAAUAUAAACAUUAUGAUUUUGGAAGGUGCCCGAGAGUUUAUUGCUGCGGGCAGCCUUGUCUUCCUGUUGGUCAAUCAGACAUUCCUCGGUCAAGCACUGUGAAAAUAUACUGCCCGAAAUGUGAAGACAUCUACUACCCUCGAUCCAAAUACCAAGGCAAUAUUGAUGGAGCUUAUUUUGGCACCACAUUUCCUCACUUUUUCUUGAUGACUCAUGGGCCCCUCAAGCCACAAAAGGCAACACAAUGCUACAUUCCAAGAGUCUUCGGCUUCAAGCUCCAUAAACCAUGAUUGUGGGACCCACUUAGUAGUCUCAAAGAGUCAAAGUAAAAUCUUAUUGAGAAGAAGUUCCAUGAAAUUGUCCAGUUUCAAGGUUAGUUGAAAUGCAAAUAUUAUUAGGAAAAAAAAAUGGAAGUUUAUUUAUUUGAUGAUAUGGGGGAGUUUGUUUAUGGCUCAUGUAUUUUUUGAGCAAAAACUUAGUCUUGAAAAAAAGUAAUUGAGAUUAUGAUG